CCCGCUGCAAAAUGGCCGCAGUGCCAGACGAGGCGAGUGUGGUGGUGAAGUCGGAGCCCGAAGUGCAAGAUGAGGUUAAGGCUGAUAUGUCGGGGUGCGUGGAUGGGAACGUACAGGCGCUGGGGAAUGGCGCUCCCCCGAGUCCUUCUAGUCCCCAAGCCGCUCCUCCUGUUCCACCGGGGGUUGCGGCUCCUCCAGCAGCAGCUGCUCCCCCAGCGCCCGGCUCGGAUGCCAGUGACCGCCAAACGCUGCUGGCCGUGCUACAGUAUCUGAAGAAGCGCAAACUCAAGGACUCCGCCGACAUCCUCCUGAAGGAGAGCGGACUGUUCGACUCCGAGGAACUGCUCGCCUUAACCUCGCUCAGCCCUGAACUCGCCGGGGAAGGGGACGGAGCCGAGACGAACUUGCUGAGCCGAGUGAGCUGUGCGGCGGGAACUGGAGGAGCUGACGUUUCCUUGUCUUCUGCCGGCGGUGCGGCGCCUUCUAACAGCUCUUCUUCUGCCUGCGCCGGGAAAGUUACUUUAAAUAACGGCCCUCAAGACCAGCCGGACGUCAGCGCAGUUUUGUCGGCUUACACCCAACAAGGAGAUCCGACCCUCUACGAGGAUUACUACAGUAGCCUGAAGCGCUUUAUCGAGUCCGUGCUAGACUGCCAUCGGGCCGAACUCUCCCAGCUGUUCUACCCACUGUUUGUCCACAUGUACCUGGAACUCGUAUACAAUCAGCAUGAACACAAGGCAAAAUCCUUUUUUGAUAAAUUUCAUGGAGAUCAGGAAUGCUAUUACGAAGAUGAUCUGCGCAUUUUAGCCAGCCUCACCAAAAAGGAGCACAUGAAGGGCAACGAGACCAUCCUUGAUUUUCGCACCAGCAAGUUUGUGUUGCGAAUUUCUCGUGACUCCUAUCAGCUGCUGAAGAGGCAUCUACAGGAGCGGCAGAACAACCAGAUCUGGAGCAUCGUUCAGGAGCACUUGUACAUUGACAUCUUCGAUGGGAUGCCGCGCAGCAAGCAACAGAUUGACGCAAUGGUGGGCAGUCUGUCUGGGGAAGCAAAACGAGAAGCUAACAAAGCAAAGAUCUUCUUUGGGCUUCUAAAAGAGCCAGAGAUUGAAGUCCCUUUGGAUGACGAAGAUGAAGAAGUGGAGAAUGAAGAAGGGAAGCCAAAAAAGAAAAAGCCUAAAAAAGAUAGCACUGGAUCUAAAAGCAAGAAACAGGAUCCUAAUGCUCCACCACAAAACAGAAUUCCACUUCCAGAACUAAAGGACUCCGACAAACUUGAUAAAAUCAUGAUCAUGAAAGAAGCUGCAAAACGAGUGAGGCUGGGCCCAGAAAGUUUGCCUUCCAUUUGUUUCUACUCCUUUCUUAAUGCAUAUCAGGGUCUGACAGCAGUGGAUAUUACUGAUGAUUCCAGCCUCAUAGCAGGAGGAUUUGCAGACUCCACUGUUCGUGUUUGGAGCCUUACCCCUAAAAAACUGCGGAGUGUCAAAUCUGCAUCUGAUCUGAGCAUCAUAGACAAAGAGUCGGAUGAUGUUUUAGAAAGAAUCAUGGAUGAAAAGUCUUCAAGCGAGAUGAAGAUUUUAUAUGGUCACAGUGGACCAGUUUAUGCUACCAGCUUCAGUCCAGACAGGAAUUACUUGUUAUCCAGUUCUGAAGAUGGCACUGUCCGUUUAUGGAGUCUUCAGACAUUUACAUGCUUAGUGGCUUACAAAGGGCACAACUACCCAGUCUGGGACACGCAGUUCUCUCCUUAUGGCUACUACUUUGUAUCAGGAGGCCAUGACCGAGUUGCACGUUUAUGGGCUACAGAUCAUUAUCAGCCAUUAAGAAUAUUUGCCGGCCAUCUUGCUGAUGUAAUAUGCACGCGCUUUCACCCAAACUCCAACUAUAUUGCCACCGGCUCAACAGAUAGAACGGUCAGAAUGUGGGACGUACUAAGCGGAAACUGCGUGCGGAUUUUCACGGGACACAAGGGACCAAUCCAUGCGUUGGCAUUCACUCCAAACGGAAAGUUUCUUUCGUCAGGAGCUUCAGACAGCAGAAUUCUUCUGUGGGACAUUGGCCAUGGUUUGAUGGUUGGGGAGUUAAAGGGUCACACAAACACAGUGUAUGCACUUAGGUUCAGCAAAGAUGGAGAGAUUUUAUCAUCAGGUUCAAUGGACAAUACAGUUCGGUUGUGGGACACAGUGAAGUCCUUUGAAGACUUGGAUACAGACGACUUCACAACUUCAACGGGCCAUAUAAACUUCCAUGAAAACUCGCCGGAUUUACUGCUGGGUACCUUUAUGACCAAGUCAACCCCUGUCAUACAUCUCCAUUUCACAAGGCGAAACUUGCUCCUUGCCGCAGGAGCUUACACACCACAGUGAGAAGAUGCACUUUAUUCUCUUAAGGAGACGUGCAGUUGUUUUGUGAGGAUGGACCUCUGCUGACAGUAGCGAGUGCGGAGAGACAGCCAGCCUUAUAUUUUUGAAGCGGUCUACUCAUUGUCUUGUUUUUAAUCAGGAGUCUCUUGAAUAGUGCCUAGCUCAUGGAAAAGACACGGUUCUACAGUCAAACACAUGGGGUAGCAACAGGGAGAAGAAAAAGGGGGUUGGCUUUUCUCCUUUCUAAAUUGGGGGGGGGGGAGUUUAUAUCCUUUAAGGGUUUGGUAAAAGAUUAUUUAUUUUAUGAACAGCUAGAGCAUGCAAAUGCUCUGGUUCCUUAAUGGCAGACCUCUACUCUUUCAUGUGGGUUUUAUCCCAGUAUAUAGUUGUAGCAAAUACCGAAGCUGUGAAGUGUCUCAAGCAUUUAUGUGAGGUGGUGCUUUAAAUCCUGCUUCCUCUAAGGCCAAUAUAAUUGUAUAAGCAUUUCCACAAGUGCUGAUAAAAGCUGUCUAGUUCAUAAUACGCCUCUAUCAACAGUGCUAUUAUUCUACAGCUCUCAGAUCAGGAUUGCUCUGUUAGUGUCACUACUCCAUUCUGGACUCUGUAGUAUUGUCACUGUGAAGCAAGUCCCCCGUUUUUAUCUUAUCACAAAACUGCAUAAUAUAACACUGCUUUUGUUAGUGAACAAAUAUCUGCAGUAUUUGUGCACGCUCCAGAUUUAUUAAAGGAAUACGGUCAUA